GUAAAAGCUGCAAGGGAAUCAUCAUAGGCUUAGGGAAGUAUGAAGGAACUACACAUUUUUCUGUUUAUCGGCCGUCUCUCUCUCUGGACGGGUUCUUACAGCAUGCUGAAUGCGUUGAGGUCACUGACGAAGCACCCAACUCCCACUGCCCUGGCGCUCUUCGAUUCCUCCAUCAACCCUUCCUCCAUGAAUGAAGUGAUGCAGAUUCACGCCCAGAUGAUCACCAGUGGCCUCUCCCACCACCCUCGCUUCCUCGGCAAGCUUAUCUCCUUGUCCGCCCUCUCUGCCGACGGCACCUCCGACGUGAAUUACGCCCGGUUGAUCCUCGACCAUUCUGAGAACCCCACGAUUUUUGCUGUCAACACGAUGAUCAGGGCAUACUCUAAGAGCCACCAGCCCGACCAAGGCUUGCUUUUGUUCAGGCACGCCCUCCACCGGCUCCUCGAACCCGACAACUUCACGUUCACCUUCUUGGUCCGCUCCUGCACGCAGCUUCACUCUCUAGAGCUCGGAGAAUCUGCCCACUCUGCUGCUUUUUUACGUGGGUUUGAGUCAGAUAGCCAUGUCGAAUCGGCAUUGAUUCAUAUGUACUCCUCGUUUGGCUGUGUUGGCGCCGCGCACCAACUGUUCAUCAAAAGUCUUCAGCCAGAUGUUGUUGCUUGGACGGCGUUGGUUGGGGCAUGGGCUAAGGCUGGAGAAUUGGAUUAUGCGAGGAAUUUGUUUGAUCAUAUGCCCGAGAGGGAUGUUGUGGCGUGGAAUGCCAUGAUUACCGGGUAUGCGCAGGGUGGAUCUUCCAUUGCUGCUCUAAGUAUGUUUCAUGAGAUGCAGAUGGCUGGGGUGAAAGCUAAUGAAGCGACAAUGGUUUCAGUGCUGUCAGCAUGUGGGCAUCUUGGCGCAUUGGAUCAGGGCAAGUGGGUUCACGUUUACAUUGAGAAGAACAAGUUGAGAUUGAACGUGAAUCUUGGAACCUCUUUGAUUGACAUGUAUGCAAAGUGCGGGGAAAUAACAAGAGCUAUGGAAGUCUUUAACAAGAUGAGUGAGAAGAAUGUCUUGACUUGGACAACGGCAAUGAACGGACUUGCAAUGCACGGUCUUGGCAGGGAAUGUCUUGAGCUGUUUGAUUCAAUGCGUUGGUCUGGGCUUGUGCCAAACGAGAUCACCUACGUUGCUGUUUUGCGUGCAUGCAGUGUAGCUGGUUUGGUAGAGAAGGGGCAGCUGCAUUUUCAAUCUAUGAUACAUACAGAUGGCCUAGAGCCCAUAGCAGAGCAUUAUGGAUGCAUGGUUGAUAUACUUGGUCGAGCCGGACGCUUGGAUGAGGCCAUUGAUUUCAUAAACAGCAUGCCUGUGGUACCUCAUGUUGGUGUGUGGGGUGCACUGCUCAACGCUUGCAGGCUCUAUAAAAGAACAGACGUCGCACAGUAUGCACUGAGAAAAAUAGUAGAACUGGAAGCGAAGAACGACGGAGCGUAUGUGCUUUUGUCUAAUACAUAUGCAUCAACGAAUACAUGGGAUGGAGUUGGUAAUGUGAGGGAGCUGAUGAAGAGAAAUGGUGUAAAAAAGGUGCCUGGUUGUAGUGUCAUUGAGGUCGAUGGAGUUGUUCAUGAAUUUUUUGUUGGUGACAAGUUACACCCCAAACACUUGGAGAUUGAGAUGAAGUUGGAAGAGAUUUCCAGCAGACUGACGUUAGAGGGCUAUGUGCCGAACACAGAAGAAGUGCUCUUUGAUAUCGAGGAGGAAGAGAAGCAAAAUGCGUUGUGUAGACACAGUGAAAGGUUGGCCAUAGCAUUUGGCUUUAUUAGUUUGAAAGAGGGUAUGCCCAUAAGGAUUGUGAAGAAUCUUAGAAUAUGUAAUGAUUGUCACGAUGUCUUUAAGCUUAUCUCUAAGGUGUUCAGUAGGGAAAUAAUUGUGAGGGAUCGAAACAGGUUUCACCAUUUCAAGGAUGGAUCAUGUUCUUGCAUGGAUUACUGGUGAUAGUGGCUACUGGAAGAGCCAAUAAUCCAAUGUGAACACGUAUCUGCAAGAAUGCAAUGGUAGCAGUGCUACAGAGAAAGAAAAAAAAUCCUAACCUCAAACUAUCCUCUUCCAUAUUUUCUGAGGAUCCAGCAGGGGAAAAGCUUGAACACUAGUUUGGUAACUGUUGGUGCUGAAAACUUGAUCAUGUGAUCUCCUGUUUGAACUUAUUUUUCCUCUGUCUGGUUACGACAAAUUGAAAUGAGAGGGGGACUCCUGCAAGGCUAUUGGUUCGUAAAGGAAAAGACCAACUGGAACUAGCGGGAACAAGUAUGCUUAAAAACAAAAUCUGGACAGCAAUCGUUAUGAAAAAAUGGAAUUGCAGAAGCGCAGCUUCUUCGGGAGAUUUUGCACCCUAGUACUUCCACCUACUCAAUUUAAACAACCAUUCAGAAAAUUUGUGCUAUUAGUGAUUCAGUGAUCAUAUACAAGAGUUAAGCACAAGGGCAUUCCGUCAGUGGUUCAUGAUCCUUUACCAUCGUCACUUUAAGCGUAGAUAAAAUCGUGAGUCAAUGGUAGCAAAAACUGCCUUCGAGAUGUACACCUUCUCAAGUCGUUACCGUGCCUCUUGAGUGGGUCAGCCAAAUAUUAGGUUCCUUGACUAGAUCAGUGACAGCCAAGAGGAAAAGGGAUUGGAACUCAUCAAUUCUUGAUCUCAUUGCAUCAUAUGGGAGCAGGAUCUUUCCGUGUUCAUGAUACAGAAGGUACUCCCAUAUGAAGAUCAUUUUGGUGAUUAUGUCAGCCCAUUUAUGGACAGACAUCCACUAGUUGGGAGAGCAAAGAUGCUUAUUGCAUUUUCUCUUUUGGAACUUCAAAACCUUGCUAAUGAAAUGGAAUGAUUUCUUUUACUCUUUUACAUACAGGAAACAACUGCCGAAGGAAUCUUAACGAAGAGUGCAGCAGAAGUUUUCUUGGCAUGUCAUGGAGCCGCAUUUCUUUGGACUAUGUCCACUAGCAGGACACGGCAAGGGAGACAAUGACCUGUCCAUGAAAGCUACACUUGGUUGCAUUGUUUUCUCUUUAGUAUGUUUUACACUUUAGUAAAACUUUCAUUAUUUUCCGAAAAAUAUAUGCAAGCUCACGUCUUAGCACCUUAUUAGGUCACGCUUCUUGUUAUCUGUGACAUAGGUUUCGGCUUUGCCUCCUACCAAUCGCUGCUUUCAACAUGGAUAAUCUUUGUUCCUGAUCAAGUAAUUGUUUGUAGAAUGACACCAGACCGGCUUGCUCCCGGUGUUCUCUGGUUUUUUUCUUUCCUUUUUUUUUUUUUUGCUUUCUAGUAUGGGGUGUUCAAGAUGUUGGCUUUACUGAAUCAAACGUACGACGAUUUGAACUGGUCGCAUGCAGAUACAGACGUAAAUCAUGAAACUGAGUAGGGUCUGCUGAUGGUACAUGCAUUGACACCACUAGUUCUGAUAGAUCGUGGUUGGCAAGUCAGAUAGCUGAUCUGAAUCCUGUUCGUUGGCAUCCUUGUUUAGUAGAAGGCUGGAACUGGCUUGAAGAAUCCAUGCCCAAGUGCAGUCAGGGUUCAAACUGCGCAUCAAGAAAGAAUUGAAGCCAGUGAAAGUGAUCUUGACAACUGAUGCGUCAGCACAUACGGAAAUAGGGAAGUGAAAUUUCAUUAUCUUCUAUGGCCAAGUAGUAGUUGUUUCAUUCAAAUAUUAUGACACGAGUUGAAUCAAAUUCUCUUUUUGGGUUUUCA